AUGUGCAACCAGUCGCCCUCGUCCGCCUCGCCGCGCCACGCCGCCGAAGCCGAAGCCACCCCAGUCGCGCCGAACUAUAACCUCGGCAACCCCCUCGCCUCUCCCAACGCCAUCCCUCCGCGUACUUCAAGCUCCGGCCUCCACGCCCGCGCCGCCCACCAGUCCAGCGUCAUUUCCCACCAGUCCACGUCGCCCCCCUCGGUCCUCCGCCCCGUGUCCGAAGGCGACUGGCUCAGCCAAAAGAAGAAGCAGACGUCCAGCUGGCUCUCGCCCGCCCUUGACUCGCCCGCAAUGGCCGUCGCCCAGCAGCAGGAAGCCUCACGGCCCGACGCGCCCCAAGCGGCCCCCGACGUCGACAAGUACGCCCACGAAGACCUGCACUUCGCCCCCGAGCGCUCAUGGACCGAGGGCAAGGAAAAGGUGGUCCGCGCUCCCUUCGACUACGCCAUCAGCCACCCGGGCAAGGACUUUCGCUCUCAGGUCAUCGCCGCCUUUGAUGCCUGGCUGCAGGUCCCGCCCUCGAGCCUCCAGGUCAUCACAAAGGUCAUUGCCAUUCUCCACGAAUCCUCCCUCCUCCUCGACGACGUCCAGGACUCGUCAGAGCUGCGCCGCGGCUUCCCCGUCGCCCACAACAUCUUUGGCAUUCCUCAGACCAUCAACUCGGCAAACUACAUGUCCUUUGUCGCGCUGCGGGAGCUCCAGGAGCUCAACAGCCCGCGCGCAAUUUCCGUCUUUGCCGAGGAGCUCGUCAACCUCUACCGGGGGCAGGGCAUGGAUCUUUUCUGGCGCGAUACGCUCACCUGCCCCACCGAGGACGACUAUCUCGAAAUGGUCAGCAACAAGACGGGGGGCAUGUUCCGCCUCGGCAUCAAGCUGAUGCAGGCCGAGUCGGCCGCCAACAUCGAUUGCGUGCCUCUCGUCAACCUCGUCGGCCUCAUCUUCCAGAUUCGCGACGACUACAUGAACCUCUCGUCGACCGAGUACACCGAAAACAAGGGCAUGUGCGAGGACCUGACCGAGGGCAAAUUCUCCUUCCCCAUCAUCCACAGCAUCCGGUCCGACUCCAGCAACCUGCGGCUCGUCAACAUCCUCAAGCAGAAGACGACCGACGUCCAGGUCAAGCGCUACGCCGUCUCGUACAUGGAGAGCACGGGCAGCUUCGCCUACACGCGCAGCGUGCUGACCACGCUGAUUGAGCGGGCCCGUAAGAUGGCGCUCGAGCUCGACGCGGGCCAGAACAGGGCGCAGGGCGUCCUGAAGAUCCUGGAAAAGAUGGUAGUGGAGUAG